AUGAAGAACGGUGAACUGACUGAAGAUGAAGUGUCUAAACAUCUGUCUACUGUGGGCCGCUCAGCUACAGGACUACAGCACGUCUACCUGUCCCUCUGUUUACCUAGAAAAGGCUUGAAAAAUGUGUCCAUUUUAUCCAAUUAUAUCCACCUUGAAAAACUUGAACUCCCCAACAACAAAAUAAAAGAUUUAUCCUGUGUGAGUCACAUGCCAUACCUUAUCAUACUCGAUGCUUCUCACAACGAAAUAUCCGACUUUUUUGGAUUCCAACCACCGAAAAAUCUCAAGGAAGCGGAUUUCUCUCACAACCGCAUAUCUUCGAUGAAGGAUUUGUCAGCCUAUACCUCUCUUCGCAAGCUAAUUCUAGAUUAUAACUCCAUCGGUGAAAUCCGGGGGCUGGAGAAGUGCAGCAGUCUGACUCACCUCAGUAUGGAGCACAACAAGAUCUUACGUAUCGGUGGACUCAGAAAUCUGCCUCUCAGACAACUCUGCCUGAAAGGGAAUCUGCUCAAGAGAAUCGAGAAUUUACAAACACUCCGGAGUCUGCAGAUCCUGGACUUGUCCUCUAACAGAAUUCAAAGCCUGUCUGGUCUUCAGGACCUUCAUCUUCUGGGAAACAUCAAUCUUGAAAGCAAUAUGAUUGGUGAGAUCAAAGAGUGCUCGCAUCUGCAAUACCUUCUGCUACUGAGAGAACUGAAUCUCAAGAGAAACCCAAUUCAGGAACAACCUGACUACAGACUGGCUGUGAUCUUCAUUCUUAAUCAUCUCACUCUUCUGGAUGAGCGACCUGUGAGUGUCGAGGAAAAGGUUUCUGCUGUGAACAAGUACGAUCCAUCUCUAGAGUUGGUGGCAGCCAGAGAUCACAUGACCCAUGUGAUGUACCAGUACAUGCAGCCGCAAGGCAUCUUCGACAGCACCCUGCCUAGUCUGGACACUCCAUACCCCAUGCUGGUCUUGACAGGGCCACAGGCGUGUGGAAAGCGUGAGCUGGCCCAUAAGCUUUGUCAUGAAUAUAGUGACUAUUUUGGUUAUGGAGCUUGCCACACCACCAGGGGGCCCUAUUUUGGGGAGGAAGAUGGCUGUGACUACCACUUCGUCCAGAACGAAGAAUUUCAAAACUUGAUUCGUAUGGGUUACUUUGUGCAGACGAUGCAGUACGGAGGGAAUUGGUACGGGUUGUCUCGAGAGGCCAUCGAGAGCGUGGCCAGAGAGGGGCUAGCCUGCUGUGUUCAUAUGGAGCUGGAGGGUGUGUUUAGUCUGAAAACCUCAUACUUCGAGCCCAGAUACAUUUUGCUGCUCCCAACAAAAACUGACGACUACAUUUUACACAUGAAGGCCAGAGGCUUCUACACUGACGCCCAGAUAGAGAAAGCCGUGUCACGGAUCGACCUCUACGCCAAAAUCCACAGAGAACGGCCUGGCUUCUUCGACAGCGUGAUCCUCAGUGAUGAUCGCAAACAGGCUUACAGCGCACUGAAGCAGCUUAUAAAGGAGUACCUGGGUCUGGAGGAGCAGGAGAAAGAAGGUGGACUGAGCAUUAAAGAUGAAGGUGGUGAAUCUACAGCAGCCAAGAUGAUAGAAGCCGACCCCACGGACGCCUACAGCCAGACUUACUACAGCAAAAUCCAAGCCAGGCUGCUGCCUCAGAAAACCUCAGCAGAAUUGGCAUCUUUCCAUAGGAGACAGCAGAUGGUUCGGGAAGCCCUGGUGGGUAAGAUUCCCAGGGCUUACACACGGCUCUUUAAAAGACAUGUUCAUGCAGCUCCAUCCUUACUGACCCCUCAUUCUCAGUCCGGUGACUAUAACGAGGACAGCAGCUCAGGGGAAUCCUGCCCUAGUUCUGGCUUGUCCAGCUCAGCAGGGGUGCUUUCUGUGGGAAGCCCAGCUGAUGGCUUGGAUGCAGCGACAGCACCAAAGGUGGAGCCUCUGGAUGUCUCCAUGUUGGGGCAAAACCUGGAAACAAUUAAAGAUCACAUGGAGUCAGGUCUGAGCCCAGAUUCAUCACACUCAGCUCCUGAGCCAGCAUCUCCAGGACGUCCGGGUUCCAACGCCAAACCCAUUCUUCCCCCCAUCCCACAGGGACGCAAGGCCACCGAAUCCGAAUCCACGCAACAGCUGACAGGGCAGGCAGGACAGGUAGACGAGGGAUAACUAUAAGAGAGAAGAUAGAGAUCAAAGAUAGUGUCAAUUCUAAUAUUCAAUGCUGUAUAUUCUAAUAGAGGACAUUUAGUUCAGUGUAAACUCCUUCGGUCCUUCAUAGGUAGAUCAUGAUGAAAGUAGCGAUGGGAAACCUCAAAGCAGCAUCUUCUCCUGUCUAGUGUGUUAAUCUAUAGAUCAGUAAAGUGACUGACCGAUAAAAAUGUUUUAAUAUUAGUCUUAGAAAUUAUGAAACAUUUAAAUAAUACCAAAAAGCGAAACUAAAUACUUUUUUUUUCAAAUACUGCAAACGGCAAUGUUUAUUAUUAUUAUUAUUAUUAUUAUUAUUAUUUUAUUUUUUCCAAAUACAUGCAUUAAUUGACUGAGACGUCUAUGAAUUUCAGCUGAAAUCAAAACCUGUCAGAUUUUGUUGGUGCUUUAAAAUUUGUAGAUUAACCAAUACAAGCAAAAAAGGACAAACUAUGCAGCUAUUAUAAUUAAAAUAUUAUAAAUUAACACGAUAAAUCCAAUUCUUACGUAAACAUAUGAUCCCACAUUUUAAUUUAAUAUGAACGUAUAUGUAUAUUCUAAAUCUUUGUCAUGUAUAAAUAUAUAUUUUAAGUCUUUGUUAUUUGUUACAAGAUCAGAUGAAAUUCAUCCAGCAUUUUAUUUUCCAAGGCAACAGAUCAGUGCCUUGUCUUUAUUAUUUACUAUAAUUUAUUCAUUUUAUAACACAUUCAGAUAGACACUAUAACUCAAAGCCGUCGUCUCGCUGACGGACGCGGUUAUGCCGAAAUAGACUGUAUUUUAUUAUAUUUUUAUUGCAACAAUUCAGAUAGAUACAUAGCUGGUAAUUGGUGAUUAAAUGUGUUAAAAGCCUGCUGGAAUCUCCACGCAGUGUGAGUAUUUAUCUGUGUGUGAGCUUGCACAUAUUCACACACUUGGCCAUCUGUCAGUGUCAUAGCCUCAAACCAGCAGCUGUUAUAAUGAUCUUAUAAUUCAGAGGCAGUUUCAGACAAGACAGGCCAACAAUGCAGGAGAAUGCGGCGGCUCGCAGGCAUAACCUUGCCAACUAUCUUCAAUCUUCACUCCUCGCUCAUAUUAAACACCUCAGCAGGGGGCAUUACAGGCCUCGGGUUCCCGAAAAGAAACGCUUGUGUGUGGUGUGGUGUGAGAUCAUCGAAAUAAUAAUGUAAUCUUUGUAAUUACCAAAUGGGCUGC